ACGCUUGGAACCGGGGAAAUGGGGAGCGCUGCUGUCUGGCAAGCUCGCGGCGUGUUCGCGACUUGACUACGCGGCUGACCGCUCUGGACGCUCCCCUGGUCAGGACCCGGCGCUGUUCGGAAGGGCCCUCUCCACUAACACUGCUUGAGGACCCAUCAUGAGGCGCUUGGGGUCGGUGCAGCGGAAAAUGCCGUGUGUGUUUGUGACGGAGGUGAAAGAGGAGCCUUCCACCAAAAGGGAGCAUCAGCCAUUUAAAGUUUUGGCAACUGAAACUGUAAGUCACAAGGCAUUAGAUGCAGAUAUAUACAAUGCAAUUCCAACAGAAAAAGUGGAUGGAACAUGUUGUUAUGUUACUAACUACAAAGGUCAGCCAUACCUUUGGGCUCGGCUAGAUAGGAAACCUAACAAAUUAGCUGAGAAAAGAUUUAAAAAUUUUCUACAUUCAAAACAAAACUCAAAAGAAUUUUUUUGGAAUGUUGAGGAGGACUUCAAACCUGUUCCAGAGUGCUGGAUACCAGCGAAGGAAAUAGAACAAUUAAAUGGGAAUCCAAUGCCUGAUGAAAAUGGACACAUUCCUGGUUGGGUACCAGUGGAGAAAAGCAACAAACAGUACUGCUGGCAUUCGUCUGUAGUCAAUUAUGAGUUUGAGAUCGCCCUGGUCCUGAGGCAUCAUCCUGAUGAUCCUGGCCUUUUGGAAAUUAGUGCAGUGCCCCUCGCAGAUCUUCUGGAACAAACACUGGAGCUUAUAGGAACCAAUAUUAAUGGAAAUCCUUAUGGGUUAGGAAGCAAAAAGCAUCCAUUACAUCUUCUUAUACCACAUGGAGCAUUUCAAAUAAGAAAUCUACCUACCUUGAAGCACAGUGAUCUGUUGUCCUGGUUUAAUGGUUGCAGAGAGGGUAAAAUUGAAGGAAUAGUAUGGCAUUGCAAUGAUGGCUGUUUAAUCAAGGUCCAUCGCCACCAUCUUGGUUUAUGUUGGCCAAUCCCAGAUACUUAUAUGAAUUCAAAACCAGUUCUUAUCAACAUGAAUCUGAACAAAUAUGAGUAUGCCUUUGAUGCUAAGUGUUUAUUUAAUCAUUUUUCAAAAAUAGACAAUCAGAAAUUUGGUAGGCUCAAAGAUAUAAUACUUAAUGUAUAAACUGGAAGUGCAAUUAAAAACCAGCUUCAUUGUUGUUCUGUUUCAGUGUUGAAUACUCUGCCAUGUUUAUAAGGUAAAAAUAUCUCAUUUUUAGUUUAUUGUUCAGUGUCUUAAUAUAGCAAUAUGUCUUUUAGCAUUUGAAGCAAUAAAUUUUCCAGCUGCAAAUAUUUAUUCAAAAUUUUAUUUAGAAAAAGCAAAUGAAUUUUAACCUCUGGAAAUAAAAAUAUAAUAAUAAGCUCUCCACCUUGUACAAAGGUUGGAUUCAGUCCAUUGUACAUGGGUAGUGUAAAAGACAAACCAACAAUUUUGGACCAUUACUUUAAAAAUUAAAUAGUUUAAACUGAAUUUAAAAUUGCUAGACAUUUAACAAAACAUAUGGCUCAACUUAAUAACAUACAGAGACAUAAUUUGAGAAUCUUAACACAUAUAUAAAUAUGUAAGUAUAUAUAAAACCCCAGUUUUAAAUGUUUAAAAAACUUAGUACUACAUUGUAAUUGUAUAAAAAUUUACCAGUAUAAAAAUUUACCAUAGCUUAUUGCCUAUUUGACAGAUAUAACAUAUCCUAACAGUCUUCAAAAAUAUACUUUCCUAAUAUGUUGAAAUUUUCAUAUAAUUUACUAAAAAUUCCAGUUUAAGUAAAGCUAUGAGGUAUUGGGAAGGAAAUCAUGUAGGUCAGACUUGCUUGAUUUCCAGAUGGAAUUUUAACUUACAAAGUUAGUAAAUAGUUAAAUAAAACUCUAGUUAGAGAUGGCCUUUUAGUAUAUGGGGAAAUUAACAGGAUUUUCCUCCUCAUCUUCAAACUGUUCAGAAGCAGCAACAGGACUAGUUAAUUCAACUCCAAAUUGUUCAGAAAGUUUUUUUAACUUCUCUUCCAAGAGAAUAUUUUUUUUCACUUCUUCUUUGUAGUUAUACUUCAGAUCUUCAAUUUCUUCAAAAAAUGAUGGAUCAAAAUUUUCCAGUUCUUUUUUCAGCUUUUUUAUUUCCUCCUAAUAAGAACAUAUUAUCUUUUAAAGGUAUACAGAGGAAAAAAAUACAUUCUUUAGGUAUGAACUAAAGAGAAUGAAUUACAAACAUGAAAGCCAAAGAAACCUGAAUAGUCAAAUAUAAGGCAGAAGUCAAAUUAUUCUCUUAAGUUAUGUCCUAGUCUGGCACUAUAAUUUAUCAACUAUUAAAUCAGAGGGGAUUUAAUCUUUCCCCAAAAGAAUAUUAAGAUGUUCUCAGUGUGAGGCAGUGAAAAACCUUAGUUAUUCACAACACUGAAGUUAUUUUGGUUACAAUUCUUUGGUUUAGGCUUCAUUUCUAUUUUCUUUACAAGUACCUAAUUUUUAAUGAAUAGUGGUAACCUGUUAUAAGUGUAUUUAUGAUCAGGGAAACUGUAUGGCUUCUGCCUGGCUAAAAGUUAAGCAUGUGGUAGAGAAACAAUUCAAGCUUUAAUGACCAGGUAGAAUAGCCAGUGAGCACUAGUUAAUUUUCAUAUUUAUGCUCUUUCGUUCUGUUUAGUCUUAAACAGAUAAAGCAUAAAAGAUAUCAAGUAUCUUUAAGUGAACCAUUUCUGAAAAGAAUUUAAAAAAAAAAAGACACUAUUCCCAAAACUUAGGAAAAUAUUAAAAUAAUAAGCUAUAUUUGUGACAAUUAAAAAUAAUUAACUCUUUAAAGAA